AUGGUAGUUGUUCCCCACCUAAAAUUCCUGUCCAGCCUCGCCAGUGACCUGUCAGGCUGCAGCAGUCUCUCUGUCACCAUCUUCCUGCUCGGCUCCGACACUUUCCUUAUCGUCUCCGACCACAAGCGAUUCAGUAGUCGUUUACGGAUUUUACAAUUUAGACCUGAGAUUUGUCACAACGGCAUUGUGGCUCUCCGCCAGCGGCGAGAGCUCUUCUCGUCUAUGGACGAAUCCAUUCUUGUAGUCGAAGCAGAUGACGUCGAGGAAAUCCCUAUCGCCGGGACACCGUCCAUCACAGCCGGAAUGUACAUCUUAACCAUUGUUUCCGGCGCGUUGGUCAUCCCUAAGCAAGUGCCGCAGGCGCGCCGUACACGCGCCUUCAAUUCCGUCAAGCAUUGGGUUCAGUCCGGGGAACUGGUUGAAGGGAUUUCGGCCAAGGAGGAAAAAACCGAUUGA